AUGUCCCUUGAUACCACCACCGCCCAAAUGGCCAACACCACCCUGUCCGAGCCCACUGGCACCGCCGAAGGCGCCAGCGUCGGCACCGGCGGCGAGCCCAUCAAUGCGUCUCAGAACGAGGCCGUCAUUGCCAGCGCCGCCGAGGGUAGGAGACUGUAUAUUGGAAACCUCGCCUAUGCGACCACUGAGGGAGAGUUGAAGGAAUUCUUCAAGGACUACCUUGUCGAAACCACGUCAAUCCCCACCAACCCACGCACGACCCGCCCCGUCGGCUACGCCUUCGUCGACGUCUCCACCCCAUCCGAGGCCGAGCGUGCCAUCAACGAGCUGAACGGCAAGAGCAUCCUCGAUCGCAAGGUCUCAGUGCAGCUCGCCCGCAAGCCUGAGCCAGCUGGCACAACCGAAGCUGGUGCUGAGGGCGGUGAGCAGCGUCGCCGCAACUCCAAGGGCAAGAGCGGACGAGGCCGCGGCCGCGGCGGUCGUGCUGGCCGUGGUGGACGUGCGCGCAAGGACGGCGAGACCGAAGAGGCCGCCACGAACGGCACCGGCCCAACCAACGUCCCUGGCCAGACCGCGGUACUCACCUCCACCACGAACGAGGCUCUCACUGCCGCGCCAGGCGAGGAAGGGCUCGACGACAAGGCUGGCAAGAGCAAGGUCAAGCAGCCACGCAAGCAGCGCGGCCCACCAGAGGACGGCAUCCCCAGCAAGAACAAGAUCAUGGUCGCCAACCUGCCGUACGAUCUUCGUGAGGAGAAGCUCCUCGAGAUCUUCGCCGACUACUCUCCUACCUCCGCCAAGAUCGCUCUGCGCCCCAUCCCCAAGUUCAUGGUCCGCAAGCUCCAGGCCCGCAACGAGCCGCGCAAGGGCCGUGGCUUCGGCUUCGUGACUCUCUCUAGCGAAGAGCUUCAGCAGAAGGCGUGCACCGACAUGAACGGCAAGGAGAUUGAAGGCCGCGAGAUCGCCGUUAAGGUCGCGAUCGACAGCCCAGGCAAGGAGGAUGAGGACCCGAACGCGCCGCUCGAGGGCGAGCCGCAGGUCGACCACAUCCCAUCCCAGGCUGAGGGCUCCGCUCAGGUCAACACUGCUACUGCUUAA